AAAUUUGAAGUUCAACGCUUAUUUUCGGUAUUUUGAGGGUUUUCACUGAAAACACUAAAAACAUAAAAAAGAUGUUUUAAUUUUAUGUUUUAAGUUUAACCGUGUUUAUGAAAAUGCAUUUUCAAAAAUACCAGACCAAACAAGAUUUAGGUCAUCACUUUUUUCUCCUCCUCCUGGCCUGCCUAUUUGUAAUUUAUAGGCCGAACAUUUUAUGUUUGCUCUAGCCAAUUUUACCUGACUGGAGAUUCAGUUUUAAUCUCAUUGUUUGUUAUCAUAAGCUUGUGUAGUAACAAAGUGGUUAUGUUAUGUAAUAAAAUGAUCACGAAUGAAAUUCUGAGUCAAAAUCUUUUCUACUUCAUGUGUUUCCCACUUCUUGUUGUGGGUAAUUUUCCCUUUAACUUGGGUUGUGUUCUAGAGUACGUCCUUCUUUGAGUUAAAUCACCUUCCUUACGAGCAUACGAGCAUGGGACCCUCUUUGAACGGUUGUUGAUCUGUUGGAAAUGGAAAGGGUGAUGAAAUGGAUUUAGGCGAAAUUGUUAAUUAUAAGUUGGACAUGUUGAAACCUUCCUGAUUACAAGGGAAAACAUGGUGGGCCACUAAGUUGAAACAGCAUGCAAAUGGUGUUAAUUGCUGUCAAAUCCUAAUGCAUAUUACAGAUAAAUUUUCUUAUUUCUAAUCUUUCAAAAAUACGUGUUGUAGAUGCAAUGACUGGGUGGCAAGAAAACUUAUUCAACAUGAUACCAAAUCGUAAAGUAAUCACUGCAAGGAGCACACAAUGCAGUUUUGAACCUGUUACUAGAAUACAAUUCUUUUAAAUUACAGAAAAAAUAUCCAUCAUGGAAGCAGGCAAAAAUUAUUGUAGACACGAAGAAAUGCACCAUAGGUUUAUCCUUCUUCCAUGCUUUUAGUGAUUCCUGACUUCCAUAUAUGCUACCCCAUAUUGGGCUUGCACGUGCUGUGCUGUAGCCUCUUCACAUAAGUUUGUUUCUCUAAUUUGAGAGGACAGAGUGGAGCUGAAAAUUUCUUCUCUGAGAUUUUAGUAAGUUGGCUCCUUGCAGGCUGGAUGUUGCAUAUAUAUAGUUAAUUAUUUUAUUUUCUGGUGAAAGAUACAUUAAGGGCAAAAUUUCCUAUGGAACAUGGAUCAAUAUUAAACUAUGAUAAAACAAACCAUAAUUCCAUAUUCUGACUGACUGGUGUCUUUCAACUUAUAUUAUUGUUUCUAUUUUAUUCGAAAGCCUGCAUGUGUAGAUGUUAUUAUUGCUUCAUUUCACAGUUCACUGAUCUAUGUCUUCAGCGGAUAAUCAAGUUUCAUACAGUUAUCAGUCAUUAUGUCACUCUCUAUAGAUAAAGGCAUUGGAACAUACUUUUGUAAUGGAAUCAUAUGGAAACUUUUAUUCUCGAGCUAAUAUGAUAUUAGCAGAUAUGGGGUGCUUUUGGAGAAUGGAAUCCAGAAUAUUUGAUAUUGUUAUUGCCUUUCUGCAUUUCUUCUUUUGUUUUAUGGUUGUGCUUUCUCAUUGUUUUACUGUAUUAUUCUAUUUCGUACCCUGGUAUCUGUUGAUCUUAAUACUAAUUUACAUUUGGCAUCUGAUGAAUCAACAGAAAAAUGUGGACCGGGAUGUUGAAGCCAAGGGGUUCAACCCAGGAUUGAUUGUCUUACUUCUUGUUGGUGGGCUGCUGUUGCUAUUCCUUGUUGGGAACUAUGUACUCUACAUUUAUGCACAGAAAACCCUUCCUCCAAAGAAAAAGAAGCCCGUCUCCAAGAAGAAGUUGAAGAAGGAAAGACUGAAGCAAGGUGUUUCAGCACCGGGAGAAUAGACAUUCUACACACGCAGGAGUUAUUCCCUAUCUUGAAUUCAGCUGCUAUUUUUGAGAUUUCCCCUGUUGGGUAUCAUUGCACCGUUUUCUUGUACCCUUUUGCCAUUUUCUCCAAGCGACUUAGAACUCUACUUGACAUACAAACCCGGUUGUUGCUAGUUCGACUAGAAGAGAGAAGUCUGUUUGUUUUGAUACAAGUCACAGGAUUUUUAUUUUUUAUUUUUCUUCCCUAGGCUGAGUUAUCUAUCAAGUUCUGGUUAAAUUUCAGUUGUCAUAAUGAAUUUGUGAUAUUUAGUUCCAUCUUGAAUGCUUCGUGUGUCCUGAUUGUAGUUGUCGACUACACUAACACCUGAGUGAUCACUGUUGAAUGUAA